CACUGAAAUGGCUUUUCUCUCGUGUGCACUCGCGUGUGACUCUCGUAUUUUCCUGUCAUAUGAAGAGGUCAGAGCAACAGAAGAAGCUCUAAUGAAAAAUGCACGAUGCUGUCUCUCACAAGGACUUCAAUGCCUGCAAAAACAGUCCAUGUCAAAAUGCUGGUGUUUGCAUAAGGAAUAAAGACAGUUACUCUUGCCAGUGUUCUAACCACUCUCAAAACGGGCAACUCUAUGGUGGGCCGAACUGCACGGUUGUACUGCAGGGCUGUGAGCGUAACCGAUGCCAAAAUGGUGCCAAAUGCUCUCCUUUUCUCAGCAGUGGUCGACACAGAUACCGCUGCAUCUGCCCUGAAGGAUAUACCGGCACAAGGUGUGAGAUAUCCACCACGUUCUCUUUUGAAAAAAGUGGAUUCUUACAAAUCAAAACAGACCUUGAAGACACACUAGCCCUUCUGAACACUACUUUGAGUUUUCGCACAGUGCAAAAAACAGCGACUCUACUGCGCUGCGAAGUGGAAGAGUAUGUACUCACACUGCAGUUGCAAAAUGGCAGACUACGUCACUCUAUCCAAUGGGACAACCACAGCAGGUCAAAUCUGGUGGAACUUUUUCAAGAUGUAGCUGAUGGACAUUGGCAUACAGUGCAGCUUUUCUUUUAUGGAAGUGUGCUAGGACUCGAUUUGCACGACCCACUGUGCACUGGGAAAACCUGCCACAAAGAAGUGUUAGUGGAACUGGAUCUGGGAUCUGGGUCAGGGCAGUCGUCUUUUACUCUGGUCCAGAGUGUCUAUAUAGGUGGAACAGGGAAUGGGCAAGUAAAUCCAGAAUCCUAUUUCCUGGGCUGCAUGAGGGAUGUCUACAUUCAGUCCCACCUGGUGGUUCCAGAGUUAAAGGUCAGGGCUGAGCAGUUCAGUAUGACUUUGGGCUGCAGGGAAAGUGAUGGCUGUGAGAAUAAUCCAUGCAGGAACAGGGGGAAGUGCCUUGGCUUAGGAUGGAAGAAACACAAUUGUGAGUGCCAUCGUCCUUAUGAAGGAAAGGUCUGCUCCGAGGAACACAUUGCUGCACGGUUUGGAAAUGAAGAUGUGGAAAGCUAUGCGAUUUUUUAUGUGGACGAUGACCCCAUGGAUGCUUUUACAGUGUCCAUGUUCAUUCGCACUCGCCAUAUAAAUGGUCUGCUCCUCGCUUUUUCCAACAACACGAGCCGUUACCUGCACAUAUGGCUGGAUGGUGGGAAGGUCAAAGUUCAGGUGAAUCACUUUGAAAUUCUGCAGGGUCAUGACAGAGUUAAUGAUGGACAUUUUCACCUGGUGAGCCUGCAUGUGGAGCGGGGAACGCUCACGCUUGUGCACUCGGCUAGGACUCAGGUCGUGUUGGCCAGCCGAGGUUUGACAAUCCAAGCAGGUGACACGGUUCAUGUGGGAGGAUUAGAGGAUCGAAAAGCCUCAUUAGCAUUCAGUGGCUACUUUAAAGGAUGUAUCCAGGACCUGCGGCUGAACUUUAAUUACCUGCAGUUUUACCCAAUCAGCACGCCACUGACUUCCUACAGGCUUAAAACAAUGGUGCAGGUCACGCAGGGCUGUACAGGCGAUAAUUACUGCAGGAUGAACCCCUGUCUGAAUGGUGGUGUGUGUUACUCCAUGUGGGAUGAUUUCACCUGCAGAUGCCCUCCGAACACGGCAGGACGGCGCUGCGAGGAGCUGAAGUGGUGUGAGCUUUCUCCAUGCCCAGUUUCUGCAAGGUGUCUCGCACACGCUCAGGGUUUCGACUGUGUUACAAACGUCACUGUCCGUGAAGGAAACCCCGUCAUCGUGUUUAGAGGUAACGGCAAAAUCCGCCGGUCUCUCCACAGUGUGGCCCUGACUUUCCGCACAAGGAGACGUGAUGCUACAUUGCUGCACGCUUCAAGAGAAAUCAACUUCCUUACACUUUUAAUCAAAGACGGACGACUUGACCUGGAGCUUCGGAGUGGCACAAACUUCUCCCUCCGAGUGCAAAGCCGCCGUGUAAUGGUGAAUGAUGGACACUGGCAUAGUGCCAUCCUAAGUAUGAACGUCCCAUCCGCACCUACCUCUAGAUGGUCCAUGGUUCUUGAUGACCGCAGAGACCAAGCAUCCAUCUCCAGCACCUCUUCUGGAGAUCUGGGCUUCCUGAGGGAAGACACGGACAUCCUUCUGGGAGGCUGGGAGCUCGAUAUUGGGGCCGAUUUUGAAGGAUGUUUUGGUUAUGUGGAAAUUGGUGGUCUUGUUUUUCCAUUUUAUGCAGAAACAGAACUCAGCAUGCCCAGACCUCAGGAGGAAAGGUUCUUGAGGUUGUCUGGAAUGCUGACCUUAGGGUGUUGGGGCUCUGAUAUUUGCAAUCCGAACCCUUGCCACAACAGAGGCCAGUGUGAGGAUCAUUUCAACCGCUUUAAAUGUCGAUGCCCAGCUGAUUGGCACGGUCAGUUUUGCGAAGUCAGGACUGAUGCCUGCUACUCGAAUCCUUGCCUUCAUGGAUCCUGUGUCACCGUUUAUGAAGGUUAUGAGUGUGUGUGUGAGUCAGGAUACAUUGGUCAUCUCUGUGAAAAUAAAGAGGACGUGUGUAUGGGACACAAGUGCCGUAAUGGAGGUACCUGCCUCAGAGGAAUCAAGCAAUACGCCUGUCUUUGCCCGAGAAACACAACCGGAGCUCUCUGCCAAGAACGGAUGCCAGAAAUGCCUUGGUACAUCGACAGGAUUCCGUCUCCCAGGCUGCCGGUGUCCAUCUGUGGGAAUGAUAAGUGGACUUACAGCUGCUUUAAUGGUGGAAACUGCUCUAAGUUCGAGAACAAGUGUGACUGCCUGUCUGGGUUUAGCGGACAGUGGUGUGAGCUGGAGCUGGACGAGUGCGCGUCCGGCCCGUGCCUGAACGGCGGAUACUGCCGCAACCUCAUCGACAAAUUCCACUGUGUGUGUGAGAUCAGCUUCGCGGGCGAACGCUGCCAGAUCGACAUCAGCGAUUUCUACCUCUAUGGUUUCCUGCUGAUGUGGCAGAAUAUCUUUCAGCUGCUCUCCUACCUCAUCCUGCGCAUGGACGACGAGCCUGAGAUUGAGUGGAACGCUGCCAACGACGAGUAAAGAAAAAACACAGGAAUAAGUGACGACGGACGAGAUGUCCUAAUAAGGGAGGGUGGGGGCCUGUAAGAAACAGCAUGCCAGUAGUAACAAUGACAUCAUUCAUAACAACAGAAUAGAAAGUUUAAACGAAAGACGUUUUAAACGAAAAGUGCCCUCACAAAUAAAGUUUUAACCUCUGAAGAUGUUUGGAUGAAAAUCUUAUACCGCUGCAAUCUGCCAACAGCUUCAAGAGUUAAAUUAUUCCUCAAGGAUACGUCAUGUUUUUUUUUUUUUCUUUUAUAGUGUUUAACAUUUGGAACAUGUUUUGCUAGCAGGCCAGAAAAUAAAUGUACUCACUAAAUGUAUAAUACAUGUUGUCUUUGUAUACCCAAAAUCAGCUUAUUCUAGGAGACUGUUUAAAAAAAACAACAAGAAAUUUGAGAUUUGUUAACCCAAGCCAUAUACAGUUCUGCUUUAGCCUCAGAGAUAUUUCUGACCCAGUUGUCUUGUAUUCCAAGUAUGCUUCCCUCUGAAUUACUGUUUACUUUGGCCUCAAAGCCUCUGAGAAGUGUUGACUCCAAACCGGUCCCUAUUCUCAUAAAAGGCAAAGUGCACAAGGGUCUGAAUGAAGGGAACUGUGACGCAAUUGUGUUUCAUACAACAUCUCCCCCUAUCUGUCCGACCCAGAAUUACAUUC